UUUUCAUACCUAAAAGUUUUUGAACCCUACUUUAAUUCACGAAAUAAAGGGAAUGAGGUCAAGACGAAGCUAGAAAAGAAUAACGAGAAAUUUAAAGCCAUUACAUCAAAGGUCAUCAAUGGACAAACAUUAAACUCUCUUCUCCUGAUGCCAAUCCAGAGAAUACCAAGAUAUGAAAUGCUACUUAAAGAACUUCUCAAGAGGACAAAGGAGGAUCAUCCAGAUUACGAUAACCUCACUGAAGCACUCUCCAAAGCCAAGCAGGGUGCCGCUGAUCUCAACGAACACAUACGAAAAAUAGAAAACGAAACGAAAGUUAUAGAAAUCAUGAAGAGCUUUCCUAAUGACGAACUGAAUCUUAUACAUGUGGCAAGUCAAGCAUCUCUUGGGAAGACAUUUGGUUCUGCGGGAAGAUUAAAGAAACAAGAUCAGAUGUAUUCGAUCAACAAAAAAGUAAAAAGACUUUCAUUGCCAUUGGCCAAUGUCAUCGAUGUCACUCCUAACAAAAUCCCUCGGUCGAACACAGCUUCUCCCGUCCCGGGUGUCCGUCACCAUGACGACAGCGAGAGUGAUAGCGACAGCGAUUCAGUAUCAUCCGCACUGGGAGACAAAUUCAUCACGAGUAUCCAUGUGUACGAGGGUUCCGUCGAACGAGUCACACGAAAAGCUACUGGCUCCAGCGAAGGGGGAAUGGUUCACGAGACAGUUGAAAGAUAUUUAUUUCUUUUUAAUGAUGUUCUACUGGUGUCGAUGGCAUCAGAUAAUUUAAUUACGGGAAAAAGGACGCAUAAACUGAAAACCGCCAUCCCACUGUGCCAGGCGUGGGUGACACAGGCAUAUGUAUAUUACAGCAGUCCCCCUGAAAACAUGUUCUUACUUGGUACCCCAUCUCAUAUUUACAAGUUCUUGGCUCCUUCAGUCAAAGAGAAGGAAAGUUGGGAGCAGAGACUGAAAGAAUGUAUUGCACAAGCUAAAGACGCCAUCACACAGUGUUUCAAGGGGUUACCUCUACCAGAUCAGCAGUUUACUGCAGUAACAGUCGAAGCUAAAAUAGAUUAUCACAAACUAGUAGAUGUUGAACUGAAUCUUAGAGAAAAGGAAGAGGUACUUGUCAUUGGUUACAAAGAUGGCGAUGUUUGGCGACCUGGUCUUUAUCGGAAUGAUGCCUUCAAUUUCACGUCUGAAUGGUGGCCAGGCAUACAAAAGGGCAAAUUUGGAUGGUUUCCCGCUCAAUGUGUGACAGGACAAGAAACGACGUCAUUGUCAGUAUCAGAAGAUAAGAUUCAUCCAAUCCCGACAGCUGUGGCACUGAACCAAAUCAAACGCACCAUGAUGAUAUGGACUGGUAGUAAUGCCCCCUUUGCUCGGGACAUUAAAGUUGUCAAAAUCUACCGACCUGAUAAAACGUUCAAGACUUGUAAAGUUGAAAGUGAGUUCACAACAGAAGAAGUUUUGAGACAAUACACCCUUCAUAAGAGUUUCUGUGGAGCAAAAAUUGAUACCGAUAAUCUAGAUCUGUGGGAAGAAUCUUUAGAUGGGUCAGUUAGUAAACUUCUGGCAAAAGAUUCCACUUUGGGUGAUGUCAUAGGUUCUUGGGGCGAGUACAAAGCCAAUAUGAGACUAGUAAUACGUGAAAAAGGAGAAACCCGUGCUGGACACAAAUCUGCCAUCCUCGACAUGUAACAUCAAGACUCAAAAUCACAGCCCAUUUCUCAUGAUUAUGAUGUGGGGCAGACUCUUUAAAUUAUUAUAGUAAUUUCUCCAUUCUGCAGGAUCAGAUCCAAAACCACAGAUUAUGCAGAAUAUCAAAAUAAGUAUCAGCGAGCAAAGGGCAUUUAGUUUUGCUGCAGUGCUCUUGCAUUUCAGACUGUGUGUCAUUCCCUUAGAUUAUAUUUCUUUAUUUUAGCCAUACCAUUUCAAUGUAUCCUCCCUGGCUUAACUGAAAAAGAAAGAAAUAACAGUCAAGGGAAUGACACGUGGACUGAUAAGAAAAAAGAUGUCCAAAGUAGAUUGGUCACUAAUUGGUAAUUCUGGAAGUCAAGCGGGUAUGGCAACUGAAGCUACUUACAGUUACUGUAGAUAUGUUCAUAGCUCAACUAAUUUUCCUUGUGCUUGCGGCGAGCAUCCCUUACCAUGGGAUGAAAGAUAUGGCCACUAUGUUGAUUGACAUGAAGACACAAAAGACACCAAGAACAAAUCUUUUGUAAAAGUCAACCAAAAUGAUGGAUAUGACAUCUCAAGGAUCCCAAGAAUACAAUUAAGGCUGCUGCUUAUUUAAUGCAUAAUGAACCUAAUCAAACUCUUAGGUUACUGUGAAUAUUCAUGAUUAUUACUAGAUAUUUUUUCAAAAUGAAAUCUGAACAAAUAGGGCAUUUCAAAAGGUGUCAGACGUCAGCCGGUGUGCAAAUAUAUUAUUUUUUUUAUUAUGGUCCUUUUUUGUUGAUUUUUUAAAUAAAAGUUCAAGGAGAUUUCUAGUCACCCAAUCUAUAAGUCUACUACUUUUGAGCAGGCUUAUCAUACAGUAUUUUAAAAAAACGAAAAUCUUAUUAGAAAAAUAAUUUAAACAAUAUGUACGAUCAACUUACACACAACACAACCACUUGUUGCUUAUAAGAGAUUCCUUUGAAGCUGAUGGAUUUUGCCUGAGGUAUGGCACAGGUUAGCUAGGCAUGUGUCAUUCCCAGACAUUUUCACUUCUCCAAAUUUGAAUUCCUAUUUUGUACAAUGGGUGAGCCUUGAUUUCAUAUGACUUUGAAUAUUCAUGCAUUCAAGUUAAGGUCUGUGGAAUUGUGACAUUUUCAUAUUGUUGAAGUUAUAUUAAUAAUUAUAUAAAUAUAUUAUAUUUUUUACUUAAACAGUCUAUUCUGCCCACUUGUGCCGCACUUCGGUGAAAUCCGUAGCAGUGGCCUCGUGGCUUGUAUCCUCAGUUCUCCGCCAAUGAGUUUGACAAAUGACAAAUAUCUGCCAGUUGCUUUGAAAGAUAUUUGUAAAAAUAAAACAACGUGUAGACUGA